CCCUGGUAUUAAUGUCAUGAGAACUAGCAAUUGUUCGAAAUCCAAGUCAGAAGACACCAUUCUCUCAAGCUCAAGCUUCUUAUAUGUCGUACGACUGAUAACAACGUCGUGGAAUCGUUAACAAUGGCAGCCCAUGCUCUCCUCAACACAUUCAGAGCCAACAAACCUGCUUUCGGGACUUGGUUAACAACCGGAGGCUUUGUUCACGCGCGUUCGCUCGCCAGAGCUCUUAUUGGCACUCCCCAACAACAGUCAUGGAUCAUGCUCGAUUGCGAGCAUGGUUUACUCCCACUGAACCCUGCUGGAGCUACAGAGGUCAUUGCCGCGAUACACGGGGUGAGAGACGGACCGAGUGCGCUGGUUCGUAUCCCUGCGACAGGCCACGGAGUUGGGAAUGGUUCCGAGGGUGUUAAUUGGCAAAUUAAAUAUGCGUUGGAUGCUGGCGCACGAGGUGUGUUGGUCCCGAUGGUAUCAACCCCAGCUCAAGCCCACGAAGUCGUUCUCUCCAGCCGUUUCCCGCCUGUAGGUCGACGAGGCUUCGGCAGUCCCUACACACAGGAAAAUUGGGACAUUCAGACUGCAGGAGAAUAUCUCAAUGAAGCGAACGAAAGUGUCGUAGUGUUGGUUCAGAUCGAAACCCGUGAAGGCGUACAGAAUGUUCAAGCCAUAGCAGAGGUCGAUGGAAUUGAUGGUCUGUUCAUCGGACCAUACGAUCUAUCUAUAUCGUUGGGAUACCCUCCACCUUCCCCAGAUCCUCAUCCACAAGUGGAACAAGUAAUCCAGGAUAUCUUGACAGUUGCUCACAAAGCUGGGAAGAAAUGCGCAAUGUUUUGUACCUCGGGAACUCAGGCUGCACGGCGUGCCGCAGAGGGAUUCGAUAUGAUCAACGUCACUUCAGAUGUUGGAGCGAUGCAAUCCGGGCUUGCUGCUGAAUUCGAGGCAGCUGCAUCUGCUUGAUGGGUCGAACGAGGCAAUACGAUGACACAUCAAUUUCUUGAUAUUUCCUGAACGAAUCGUUCUCGCAAACGAUGUAAGUAAGAAUUUCUUUGUAUUUGUAUAGUACACUAUUUUUGUGAUCAACU